UGAAAACUCGCAGUAGUUCAAAAUUUGGCGGUGUAUUACAAAAGAAAAUCUGCUUUGUUUUAUACAAUAGGGACUCCAGUCUGCUGAAUUUUAAUUUUUAAUCCCCCCAUAAAAGGAUAGGGGUAUCUGAAGAGCAUUACGUUGCCCAAUAGUUCUGUCGCAGGAAUAUCGAUUUUCGAGCAAGAGCUCUCUGAUCCGCCGACAGCUCGGGAACAUCAAAAAUGGCGACUGCGCCCUUAGCUCCACAGUGCUUUCUGCGAUUCUGAUUACUUCAGGACGCACUAUUAUCCUCUGAAAGUUUAAGAAUUAUGGCAGGAAAAGCAUGAGAAGGGAUCCUUUUAUUUCCCUGCUGAUAGAGAAACUCAACAACUUGAAAAGGGAUCGAGAAGUAAGGGAGAAACUGGCAGAUUCUCUCCGAGAAUUUAGUGAAUACUCUGCAAAAGUAUUAGCUAAAAAAAAGCCAUCAAAGGCAAGUUCUAAGACUGGAAUUACAACAACAGGAGUUCGAACUGUUCACUGGGGAGACCAGAAGUUUGAAAACAAUUGGCGAAUUAAUCGAAAAAUAGCCAGUCAGAAAAAAAAUCUUGAAACGAAAAGACCUCAUGCAAUACGAAACUCUAAUGAAACUCAGAAGGAUGAUGUGACUAUUAUUGGUUACUGUUUUGCUGGGAACCCCGUCCCUUACCGGACAAAAGUCAGAGGAAAACACAUUACUCUCGCCCAUUUCAAGACCUUAUUUAACAGAAAAGGAAACUUCAGGUAUUUUUUUAAAAAAUACAGCAAUGAAUUUGGAACAAAGAUAGUUUUUGAAGAAGUGACAGAUAAUGAAGACAUAUUGCCACUCUGGGAUGGUAAAAUAUUUGCAAUGGUUGAAGAGAUCGAAGAAUACAAAAUAUAGGUCUUAGAAAUUAUAAACAUUGUUGUUAAAAUUAUCAUUGUUAAGAAUUAUGAGCACUGAAACAGCAUACAUUCAAAAAUUUUGUGACUCAAUAUUCAAGAAUAAAAAGUAAAUAGCAAAUUUAAA